AUGGGACCCGAGCGCGAAAUGCAAAACCUCGGGAAACCCGCUAGUAGUAUCACGCUGGCGUACGUAUACGGACCAUUUGGUGGCGUGGCCGACUUCCGUGACCUGGGAAUCGGAAACAAUGAGGAACUUCAUCACACAUUACGAGGUUCGGGACUGACCGAAGAUGACCAUAUCUCAAGUUGUGAAACAUUCAACAGAUUUGUUUUAAAGAGCUCUAGAACUCACCGCCUUGACUGGGUACUGUUGGGUCUGAUCAUCUGGGCGACGGCCCGCGGGAACUGUAAUCAAGCAGGCAUAAUCGUGUCGGCUCCAGGUUCGGUGGAGGAGGAGGAGGUGUUGCUGGGGCUUUGGAGACCAACAUGGAUAGGUGUGAAUGUUUGCGCAAACUUGUGCUUGAGACGAGCGAUGAUCCAUAAUGUAUCGGCUCACGACGCUAAGGACACGCAGUUGACGAUUACUCCGACUCACAGUAAUGUACAACACGAAGUGUCCCUCAAAAUAGGACUACCGAGUGGAAAUGUGCGGGACAAAGAUACAAGCAAAGAACGCAUGGUGGUCCAGGUUCACCUUCCCCAGAUCCAGGCGGAUGAUAUCCCUCGGCGCCGACGACCUACGAACGUUUGGGAACAAAAGCGGGAGCCUUAACAAUGCAGUAUACCUGUAUCUAAUCGUGACUGCUGAAUCGUAUGAGAUAAUUGAUUUCCCCUGCGCGCGAGCUAGAAGACGAAGCUAACGAUGACGGAUAUUGGAACUGGUCAUAUUUGGGAUCCUGAUACGAAACAGUAUAGCUUCCAGUUGUUCCGUUUAACUUGCUGAUGUUGCGUACUAACCGGUGCAAUCUCCUUUUCUUGUUAUGCUUUUAUUCUUCGCCGUCCCGAAUUGUUUGGAUCAAUUUCAUCCUGAUAAAUUUAGCUUUCAUCUCAUGCCGUCCUCAGAGGUGUACGCCGUAUGAUUUCUCGUGAUAUUAUUCUGAUCCAAGAAACUUCGAUUCACAUUUUGGACGGUAAAUGACCUGUCAGCACCAAAUUUACCACUCGUGUAAACUUCCCAUUGCUCC